AACUAGUUUGAAGUCCGCGACUUCCCUCCCGACCUAUCUCCAAUCUCCAAUCCCUCUGCCGGAAUUCAAUUUCUUCGAAUUCACACUCCAAGUCCAAUCCCCACUCUUUUUACCCCACAACUCUUCGAAAUUCUAGUUACGCCCCACAAUUAGAACAGGUAUUCCAUUCCCAUUUCGCUCCCAUUGACGUCAAUCGAUCGUCACCGCUCUUGGGGCCCGAAUUUCAACUUCUUUGAGGUUUUGGGACCGUGCUGUCCUAAAAUUGGGUCAAAUUUUGCGAAUUUAUCUGUUUUGGAGGGUACCAGUAGGUACAAGUUCAAGUUCUCGAUGAAAUUGAUCGAAUUUCCGACGUGGGUUUGCUGAAUUGAUCGGGUUUGACGUGGGUUUGCUAGGGUUUUAGCGAAAGUCUUGGUUUUGAGGAGCGGUGAUGGACUACGAACUCUCAGAUAGCAGUGGAACGGAUGAUGACCUUCCGCCGUCUCAUCAAAAUAGGUUUCAAAGAGGUGGCCGAACUUCUGGGAAUGGAAGGUCAGCAGCCGUCGGUUCUGCUCCAUUAUCUAGGAUGCAUGGUGACAUGGAAAUCCAGAUUCACCGCAUUGAGCAAGAAGCAUACUGUUCAGUUCUAAGGGCGUUUAGUGCUCAAUCUGAUGCCCUCACCUGGGAUAAGGAAACUUUAAUUACGGAACUUAGAAAGGAGCUGAGAGUAUCUGAUGAGGAACACAGAGAACUUUUGUCCAGGGUCAAUGCCGAUGACAUGAUCCAGAGAUUAAGGGAAUGGAGAAAAACAAGUGGGGUUCAACAUGGUACACUUAAUGCUGCUCAGCCUGUUCAUGACCCCCUACCUAGUCCAACUGUUUCAGCAUCACGCAAGAAACAGAAAACAUCACAGUCCUUAUCCCUUGGUGCUCCAACUCCUGCAUUGCCUCCAUCCAUGCAACAAUCCUCUGCAGCUUUGAGACGAGGUCCUCCUCCAGGACCUCGGAACAAGAAACCAAAAUCUUCCUCACAGUACCCUUCCGCAAAUAUUCCUGGAAGGCCCCAAGCCACUAAUCGAGGUCCCGCCGGUGCCUUUGUGGAAAAUGAGCCUGCUGAGGGUGAAACUGAUGAUCCGUUAGUAGGAAGAAAAGUUUGGACAAGGUGGCCUGAAGACAAUCACUUCUAUGAGGCUGUUAUAACUAAUUUCAACCGUGCUGAGGGGCUACAUGCUCUGGUUUAUGAUAUUGGUACAGUGGAUGAGACAUGGGAAUGGGUCAAUCUAAAAGAGAUAUCUCCUGAAGAUAUUCGGUGGGAAGCUGAUGGUCCUGGGAUUUCUCGUAAAGGCAGUCGACCCGGACCUGGACCUGGCCGAGGGAAUAAAAAGUCCACGGCACGUGGUGGUGCAGUUUCAGGUGCAGGAAGAGGUAGAGGGACUGCAAAGGGUUCCAAGAAGGAUUUGCCUCCGCAACUAAAUGGCAUUGGCAGGAAGGCAAUGAGCGAUAUUGAAAUACUUCAUACAGACUCGUUGAUUAAAGAGGUGGAAAAGGUUUUCAGAGCCAGCCAUCCUGACCCCAUGGAGAUUGAGAAAGCCAAGAAAGUUCUCAAAGAGCAUGAACAGGCACUGGUCGAUGCAAUUGCAAGACUCGAAGAUGCAUCUGACGUUGAAAGCGAUGAACAUACAUUCUCCCAAAGACAAUCACUAGACCAAGAACGAGGAUGGAGAAAACGGCAGUAUGACGAAAUGGCUGAAGGUCGGGCAGUUGAUGGUUCAAAUGGCAACAAAAUGACCAGGGACGGCAGAAUUGCAUCCGAUGAUCAACGUUUUGAGAGCGACGACAUAUGAUAUAUGCCUGCUUGUAGUAUUUGUGCCAUAUUCGGAUUUGAUGUCGAAUCAAGUGAACGAUUAGUGUAAGCGUUAGGCUUCGUUUCAGUUUUAGUUUAACCUUAAUUAUGUUUUCGGGGUUGUACUGGAUGACACUUGACUCUAAAGAUUGAUUUAACGACUC